GUUGUUGUAGAUGGCAGCACAGCAUCACGUGAAUUUUCAUGGCGGUGUUGUAGGGCUGGCCCCGUAUCGUCUUGUGAUUUCACCAAAUAAUUGCUGUUUGAAAUAAAUAGUGUUAAACAGCAAUAUUUUUUAAUACCGGUGAUCAAGAUGAGUGAAUACUGGCUAAUUAGCGCACCUGGCGACAAGACCUGCCAGCAGACUUGGGACACCCUGAACAAUGCGACGAAAUCAGGCAACCUCAGUGUCAACUACAAAUUCCCAAUUCCUGACUUGAAGGUUGGUACAUUGGAUCAGUUGGUGGGGUUGUCAGAUGACCUCGGUAAACUGGACACCUUUGUGGAGACCGUCACCAGAAAAGUUGCUCAGUACCUGGGCGAGGUACUAGAAGAUCAACGUGACAAGCUCCAUGAGAAUUUGAUGGCAAAUAACAGUGACCUGCCCACCUAUUUGACCCGUUUCCAAUGGGACAUGGCAAAGUACCCCAUCAAGCAGAGCCUCCGCAACAUCGCCGAUAUCAUCAGUAAACAGGUGGGACAAAUAGACGCUGAUCUGAAGGUCAAGUCGUCCGCCUACAACUCGCUGAAGGGAAACCUACAGAACUUAGAAAAGAAACAAACUGGCAGUCUUUUGACGCGAAACUUGGCUGACCUGGUCAAAAAGGAGCAUUUCAUUCUGGACAGCGAAUACCUCACAACGCUGCUUGUCAUCGUCCCCAAGUCGAUGUUCAACGACUGGAACGCCAACUACGAGAAGAUCACAAACAUGAUCGUACCACGUUCCACCCAGCUCAUCCACCAGGACAACGACUACGGCCUGUACACUGUCACGCUCUUCAAGAAGGUGGUGGACGAGUUCAAGCUCCACGCGCGCGAGCGCAAGUUCAUCGUGCGCGAGUUCUCGUACAACGAGGCUGACCUGGCCGCCGGCAAGAACGAGAUCACCAAGCUCGUCACCGACAAGAAGAAGCAGUUCGGUCCAUUGGUGAGGUGGCUGAAGGUGAACUUCUCCGAGUGCUUCUGCGCCUGGAUACACGUCAAGGCUUUAAGAGUGUUCGUCGAGUCCGUGCUUAGGUACGGGCUGCCGGUGAACUUCCAGGCGGUGGUGAUGGUGCCGGCGCGCAAGAGCUUCAAGAAGCUGCGCGACGUGCUGCAGCAGCUGUACGCGCACCUCGACCACUCCGCGCAGCAGCACGGACAGAACGCGCAGGACACCGCAGAACUGGCUGGUCUCGGGUUCGGGCAGUCCGAGUAUUUCCCGUACGUCUUCUAUAAGAUCAACAUUGAGAUGGUGGAUAAAAUAUAAACAAACAUGGGACCGCAUUACAAUUUAUUUUUAGGUAGUGUUACCAGGCAGAGCUGCUGUACGUCUGUCCAUCUAAGCGCUAGUGAACAAUAGAUACAACUGAAAACAUUUUACAACCUUGGCCCUUGAAAAAUCUAAGACAAUAUAUAAUAUACCUAUAUUUCUACAUUUUUGUUUUUGUAUGUACAGUUAUCUUUUGAUUUUUGCGUGUUUUAUUGAUGCAGGUUGACACUGUACUAUAUAUAUAAUAAUUAUUAUGAAUGAAAUAUUUAUUUAAGAUGCCAUUUUCUUAGAGUAAUUUGAGCUUUGGCAGAAAUUCCGCGAAUUAAAAAUUCCGGUUGAAGGAAUAUUUUUUGAAACGCAACAAUUUUAUUUUUCAGUAUUAAAGUUGCGUCGAUUAUAUAGAGUAGUUUUUUCGCGACACUGUAUAAAUAAAUGUAUAAAAUAAAUUGUUCAAAAAAUUA